CAUCUCCUCCUGCAGAGCCGAGCUGAGCAGCAGCAUCAGCAGCAGCAGCAGCAGCUCGGAGCUUUCUGUGUGUGAGAGAGAGGAGGUGAGAGGGCUGCUCAGAGCCGCCGGGGAUCUGUUACCGAUGCUCUUCACCUAAUGUGACACAUUUCAUACUUUCAACUGCUUGAAACACCCGGCUGAAGCAAUGGGAGCGUUUGGAGUGGUAACAAGGAUUUUACAGUACGUGGGACUUUAUAUUCAACUUAACGCAGCUCUCAACGCUGGACACGGAGAGGUGGAGAAUCACAUCUCUGGGAAUGCUCUCUUUACAGAGGUGCCACACGACAUCACGACGCAGAGCGGCAAGGAUGUAGAGAUGGCUUGUUCCUUCCGCGGGGCGGGCUCUCCCUCCUACUCCCUGGAGAUCCAGUGGUGGUACAUGAAGGACCACAGAGACUGGCAAGAAGAGUCUGCACAGAUCACUAAUAAUGUUGUCGUACCCCUGGAGGAAACUUCCAAAGACGCCACCAAAAUUAGUGUGGUAAAAGUGGCCGGCAGCAACAUCUCCCACAAACUCCGUCUCUCCAGCGUCAAGCCGUCAGACGAGGGCACGUACGAGUGUCGCGUCAUUGACUUCAGCGGCGCCGUGGCGCAGCAAUACCGCGUCCGCGCCUACCUCCAGGUGGAGCCUGAGAGGAGUCAGAGGUCGGACGACGCAAAGCGGCAGGAGGCGGGGCAGCGGUCCCACCAACACCCCCACACUAACCCCCACCCCCACCACCAGACAGAGGGCAGGGAGCUGAAGAGGAGAUCAGCUGGCAGCACCACUGACUGUAAUGAGAGCUGUGUGCUUUAGAGUGGGCAGUCUGCCCGUCUGUCUGCAUGUUAAGAGGGACUGUCAUCAACACACACGCGUCACCACGGAGACGUAUAACUGGACCCUUUGUGUUUCACCGUUUGUUUGUCUACCUUUAAUAUUGCUGUUUGGAUGCCAAUGCCGUUGAAUGCCAAGAAAGGGCACGCUUUUGUUGCUUUUUGUUGUUGUUUUUAUUGCUUUGUUAUUUGUCUCUGCUUUUUCCUAUUGCAUUUAUGUUCAUGUGACAGUAAGGCUACAAUCACAGAGCACUUUUAUUGUGUUAUUUCGUCUGUGCAGGAACUUCUCCUCACAGAGUUACAUAGCGGUGGAGAGUCAGAAUUAUCAUGGAAAUUAUAAAUAAUAGAUAGGUAAUAGACACAGAAAGGACCAUUUCCUUUGCAAUGUGCCAGUUUUACUGUCUUUUGCCAAAAUGUGUGCCAAAAGCUGCGGUAUUUCAAUGUAAAUGCUUUCUAAGGAUAAAUAAUAGAUUAAGCUUUUUUCAUUUAUCUGAUAACUUUGACACUGCUUUGAUUUAAUUUAUGUUUAAACACUGUAUUUAGCUUUCUAAACCAGAAUGUUUGUCAAAAUAAUAAAAAUGUAUCCUUUCAUCACAUCAAGAUAGUAUAUAAAUUCUUAUGUAUAUUCACACUUGACACUGUAGACUUUUACUCUUAUCAUUAAAUUAAAGUUUACCCUGUGCUUCUUAACCAAACGACUCAAGAAACACAACUUAGUAUGUUCAUCGCUCCAAUAGUUUUUCAUCAUUUUCUCAACCACAAUAUAACUUUUUUCAUGGAGUUUGUUCUCUGAAUCAAAUUCUCCUCUUGACUGUGUUUGUUCUAAGUGCUGCUGUUUGGUAUCUGUUCUGUUAAAUACAUUCAUUUGAAAUGA